UCCUCCAGGCUCUGCACAGGCACGCUCCGCCCCGUCCGGGGUCGGAGGACGCUCACCCUGCAUAAAGCAGGCACCCAGGCUGUCUCGAGGCGGGACGCUGCGCACCCUCAUCCCGCUGGCGCUUUCUUGGGAUACUUCACCAUGGACGCUGCUCACCCCCUCGGGCUGUUGCUUCUGCCGCUGCUCCUCAUGGGGACUGUGCUGGGAGCUGCUGCUCAGGUGCCGUCAGGAAACAACGCAGAGAUCUGCCUGCUGCCCCCGGACGAAGGGCCCUGCCGAGCCCGGAUCCCCAGCUACUACUAUGACAGGUACACGCAGAGCUGCCGCCAGUUCAUAUACGGGGGCUGCGAGGGCAACGCCAACAAUUUCGAAACUUGGGCGGCCUGCGAUGAAGCUUGCUGGAGGAUAGAGAAAGUUCCCAAAAUUUGUCGGUUGGAAGUCAGUGAGGGGCAGUGUGGGGAGCCCAGAAAACAGUAUUUCUUCAAUCUAAGUUCCAUGACAUGUGAAAAAUUCAUAUCUGGCGGGUGUCACAGCAAUGAGAACCAGUUCCCAGAUGAAGCUACUUGUAUGGGCUUCUGUGCACCAAAGAAAAGUCCAUCAUUUUGCUACAGUCCAAAAGAUGAGGGCCUAUGCUCUGCUAACGUGACUCGCUAUUAUUUUAAUCCAAGACACAAAGCCUGUGAGGCCUUCACCUAUACUGGCUGUGGAGGGAAUGAUAAUAACUUUGUUAACAGGAAGGAUUGCAAACAAGUUUGCGCCAAAGGCUUGAAGAAGAAAAAGAAUAAGAAGAUGAAAACACUUUUCCUUGCCAAUAGAAGCCUGAAACUUCAGAAGAAGCAAUUUUAAUCGUUUUUUCUAUAUGUCAUCUUAUGAAUAUUAUUGCCUUUAUAGUUAUAGCUGAAGAAUAAUAUGGUAACAUGGGUAAAUGAAUCAUUAGUGAUUUAUUCACCAGUUUUUAUGGAUACAAGUCACUUUUGUGUAUUUUUAUAUAUAACUAGCUGCUAUUCAAAUGUGAAUCUAUUAUUUUUAGUUUACUGUUCAACUAUUUUUCAUGAGGUUGAAUGCUCGCUGUGCAUAAGAUACAAAAGCAAAUGUGACUCACCCAGUUCUUGGGGUUGCUCUUUCUUAUUUCAGAAGACGAUAGUAACUGAAAAGCAUAAGACAAUAUAAUCAUGUUCUUUUAACACAUAUGACUAUAAAAAGGACCAGCAAAUACAUUUCGUUUUGCAUUUAAAAGUUAGAUUAUAUUUUAGGCCCAAAGUGAUAAACUUACAGAUUUACCAACACUGUAAAAAAUAUUAAAAGUGCUAUUAUGUAGACAUUACUAAUGUA